CGAUCAGUUCUGAAUGCUCAUCUCGGCAGCCUGCAUUUGGCAUGACAUUACGGUGAACUAUCCAGUCCUGACCUUUGACCUACUUGAUGGAAAUGGGAAUCGAGGAAGAUGUCAAAGUGCACUCCGCCAGUGAACAGCCUCGCGAUGUGGAGAGGGAUGGCCAUUCUACCCCACGUCACCGUCGUCAUCGUCGCAUGGCUCAGCGUCGGCGUCAUUUCUGCCGUACACGGAUCUGAAGAUGGCCCCUUGGUCGGAUUGAAGCAAGGCAAGUACCGGGGCAACUAUGUGACGUCGACGAAAGGCGAGUAUGUGGCCGAAUACCUGGGAAUCCCCUACGCCAAGCCACCGACCGGAGACCUGCGACUGGCCAACCCUCAACCCCUCACUCCACACCCAGAGGAUUUGUACCGCGCCAAGACGUACGGUGCGGCCUGCCCUCAAGUGAUCGACACAGUGUUCGGCAACUUCACGGGCUCGACGAUGUGGAACCCCCCGGGUGGGGUGAUGAGCGAGGACUGCCUCUAUCUCAAUGUGUGGGUGCCACAGAAGAACUCGGGCCAGAGCAAGACCGUCAUGGUGUGGAUCUACGGCGGCGGCUUCUUCAGCGGCACCGCCAGUUUAUGGCUCUACAACGGCAAGACAAUGGCAGCUUCCAAUGACGUCAUCGUAGUGUCCUUCAACUACCGCUUGGGGGCGCUGGGCUUCCUGAGUUCCGGUGAUGACCGAAUCCCAGGUAAUUUCGGUCUGAUGGAUCAGGUGCUUGCUCUGAAAUGGAUAAAAGACAACAUCAAGACGUUCGGGGGCGACCCAAACCAGGUGACCCUAGUUGGGGAGAGUGCGGGUGCGGUCAGUGUCACCUACCAUCUCCUGUCACCCCUGAGUAGUGGACUAUUCCAGCGGGCUAUUAUACAGAGCCACGCUGGUGACGCUCUUGUAUUCAAUGAUCGAGAACUAGCUCGAGGCAGUGCGGUUACAUUUUUCGAUAGAUUAAAAUGCAAAGACAAUGCUGAAAUAUUAGAAUGUUUGCGAAAAGAACGCUUUGACACUUUCGUAAAAGAGCAAUGGAUGCCAGGUGGUAUUUGCCCUCAUAAACCCACAAUAUCACCUUUCAUGCCACAACUACCGGAAGUUCUCCUUCGUGAACGAGGCUUCAAAAAGAAGGCUGUGUUGAUCGGCUCAAACAAAAACGAAGCGACCUAUUUCAUGAUUUACCGUCUGAAAUCUGUAUCCAUUAAUGAUCCUGUUAGCGGACAAACACAACAGAACAUAAAAGAAGCCAUUAGGCUUUUCAAUCCCGAUUUGGACGAGGCUCAAUGUGAGCGCGUCUUCAACUACUACACAGACAACAUCGACGAAUACGACCUCGUCGGCAACCGUAACGCCAUCGAUGCCCUGAUGGGUGAUCGCUACUUCACCUGCCCUGCUGUAAACGUGGCGGAAAGCAACGUCGCUGUUGGUGGCGAGACCUUCUACUACUACUACAACCACCGUGCGUCUAACGAAGUAUGGCCUGCCUGGAUGGGAGUGAUGCAUGCUGCUGAGAUUCAGUUUGUAUUUGGAGUGCCGUUGAACAACACCCUGGGAUACACAGCUGAGGAGAAGAGAUUCUCCCAGAGAAUGAUGUCCUACUGGACCAACUUUGCCAAGUCAGGAAACCCAAACGGUCACGGUAACAGCCCCUGGCCAAAGUAUACGUCCAGCAAGAGAGAGUUCCUGGAACUAGUUCUGCGAGAGAAGAAGCAUGACGGAGGUCACAGGUCUGAGCAGUGCCGGUUCUGGAGCAGCUUGCUCAACUCGAGCAACAGAAGCCAUGUCAGCAUCACCAAUGUCGCAGUGCUAGUGGUAGUCGCCAUCUUCGGGGUGACGCUGUAGGGUUGUCACGUGGUGUAACCUGUCACGUGGUGCAGGGUUAUCACGUGAUGUACACCUAUCACAUGGUGUAGGGUUAUCACGUGGGGUGCAGGCUAAAAAGGCACCUCAGCAAAACGUCACUGAUUUAUAUGUUUUCCUUGGACGGGGACACGGUCUGUUAUCCGCAGAAACAUUAUUGUAAUGUCCGCUGCCGGCAGAAAAGGGGGAUAUAUAUGAAAUAUCUAUAAAAUUAAUAUUUAUCAUCAAAAACUGGUUUUGGAUGAUAAAUUGGAAUAGAGGCUAAUGUUCUAAUGUUAACUUGUUGUAACAUUUCACAAUUUCUUGUUUUUGCAAGUUACCAUGUGAGUUUAAUUUCAUGUAUUUCGGUGACAAGUUUAAAAAAAAUAAGGUGCAGUUUUCGCCAGGCAACAGUAGCCGUUUUCGCUUGAGGCGUGGUGACGUUUUCGCCAAUCGAAGCCGUAUUCGCUCAGUGAGGUUUUGCCGAGGUGCCGUUUUAGCUAUAACCAAUCACGUGAUAUUCACCUGUCACGUGGUGUGGGGUUAUCACGUGAUGUACACCUAUCACGUGGUGUAGGGUUAUCACGUGACGAACAUGUCAUGGCAUGCAAGUUUGGCCGUACUUCGUUCGCGAGCAUGUUCAUAUCCACAGCAUGACGACUUGUCAAGAAGAAGAAAAUGGCGGCCUUGCGACGGAUCAUUGUCACAGAUUACGUUUUCCUCAUGCAUCAGCCCUACGCACUAAAACAUUGAGAACAACAUUUAGGGAUGCAUUAUAUCUAUAGCAUAAUCUCGUUCAAAUCAGAUAUUUUACUGGACAUAUAGCUCUCUGGAUGAAGACAUGAGGACCUCCCCAUAAAAGGUCGCGUCAGGUGAACCCUCAUCGAACUUUGACCUCCCAAUCUAAAUUAAGUAUGUGUCGGUUCCUGAGCCAAUCAGAUGUCAGCUUUCAAAAAUGAUUCGAUUUCACUUCCUGACUUAUUCGGAAAAUUCGAUUCUUGCAAGAAAACCCUCGAUGGUGAACCUCAUUUUAAUGAGAUCCACAUUGUAGCGGCUAUUGGAAUCAUAUUUCUUGUAUUUUGAUAUGAUUUGUGUAAUCAUCUUUCAGCAUGAAUGUUAUGACACACAGUAAGCACCAAUGGCGAAGCUCGACAUAGUUACGUUUUUGUCUCGCGACAGAGCAAGGACAAGCGGAACAUGUUCCUGAUACCCUCAACAGCUCGCCAAAAUACGGCACUCCCGGAGAUGAUGAGAGACAAUAGACUGACUGAUCAUGGGUACCUAAUUAUCAAAGUAUGUAGACCUGUAAUACAGUAAACUACGUUUAUAACGAACACGCUUAUAACGAACUGACAGAUAUAACAACCUUAUUUUUUGGGCCGGACAUUUGCUGUAUAUAUGCAUAUAACGAACUGCGGUAAUAACGAACUAAAAUUAGUGGCCCCUUUGAUUUCGUUAUAACCGUAGUUUACUGUAUUCAAAUGUAGGUGCUGAAAUCAACACCAAUACAAGUACUAGCAUAUUAUACUUUCACACUAUUUUUGCACGUUUUUAAAUUUCUGUUUUGCGAUUUCAUAUCAAAUAUGCUCACCCAGUGAUUUUAAAAGAAUUCAGUUUUGGUUAAAACAAGAGUAAUAAAUUCAACAGUUCGUCUUUCUUCGCUUCCAUAUUGACCUUUGAAUAUUUGUUUUUGCUACUAACAUGACCGGAAAUUGUAUCGUAUAUUAUUGUUGAUUUCGGAAAUCGUAAACAACUAGUACAAAAACAACUCAUGUAUGUGCAUUGAUUGUGUGGUAGAGUGCAGUGCAUCCAGUGCCUGACUGUGGGUCUUCAUCUUUGGAGAGUUCCAGUAGUGUAUGGUAGCAACUAGCUAUGUAAGAGACAAUCACUUAUAGUCCUUUUAGUGGAGAAACACCUUUAGAUUUUUUAAAAAUAUGAUGCAUAGUUUUGUCUCCAAACAAACCAUGUAGCCCGUAUUUAUUUGUAUUUUCAUACCUAUUUUUUCUUAAUAAAUAUGUCACACGUA